AGGCAUUUUCCACAAUGAGAGUAAAUCAAGACAGGAAACACGACCACUUUCACCGGAAAGGAGGAGCAGCUCUUGUUGUCGCCUGAGAGCUGCUGUAAUGGCGGUGUCUCGUCGCUCCUCGCAGCAGCAGCAACAGCAGCAGCAGAGUGCAUUACAAUCGCCACCAAGAAACGGCUCUCUUUCGGGCCCACCUCCGGCCUCUCCGCCUGCGACUCUGCUCUCGUCGGCCGUCGGAAGCCCGGAGAUUGAGAGGGAAUGUAGUGGAGGGAUCGAGAUGGCUCUGGCCUCCCCGGACCUACCAGCCCCUGUCCUGGCGAGCAGUGCGAGCUCCACUACGACAACCUCUGGCGGCGGCAGCAGCAUCUCGAGCCCCGGCUCCGGAGCCUCUAGUCCCACGGACGGUAGCAGUGGCAUCGGCGGGGCAUUCAGGGAGCUGUUCGAGGCCUGUCGUAACGGAGAUGUUUCCAGAGUGAAAAGACUGGUGGAUUCCGUAAACGUGAAUGCGAAGGACAUGGCUGGUCGAAAAUCAACUCCCCUUCAUUUCGCUGCGGGUUUUGGAAGGAAAGAUGUGGUGGAGCACCUUUUGCAGACAGGGGCCAAUGUUCAUGCCAGGGAUGAUGGAGGACUUAUUCCACUGCAUAAUGCCUGCUCUUUUGGACACGCAGAAGUUGUCAGCCUCCUCCUGUGUCAUGGUGCAGACCCCAACGCCAGAGACAACUGGAACUACACACCGUUACAUGAGGCUGCCAUCAAGGGAAAGAUAGAUGUGUGCAUUGUGUUACUCCAGCAUGGAGCUGAUCCAAAUAUCCGCAACACCGAUGGCAAAUCAGCUUUGGAUCUAGCUGAUCCGUCAGCCAAAGCUGUUCUCACUGGUGAAUACAAGAAAGAUGAACUUCUGGAAGCAGCAAGGAGUGGAAAUGAGGAAAAGCUGAUGGCUCUGCUAACUCCAUUAAAUGUCAACUGUCAUGCCAGUGAUGGCCGCAAGUCAACAUCCCAAAAAAUGCUGUCAACGCCCCUCCACCUGGCUGCUGGCUAUAACCGGGUCCGCAUUGUUCAGCUCCUUCUCCAGCACGGAGCCGAUGUUCAUGCCAAGGACAAAGGGGGCCUGGUUCCUCUUCACAAUGCUUGCUCCUAUGGUCACUUUGAGGUCACCGAGCUUCUGUUGAAACAUGGAGCUUGUGUGAACGCCAUGGAUUUGUGGCAGUUCACUCCUCUUCACGAGGCCGCGUCCAAGAACAGAGUGGAGGUCUGUUCCCUGCUGCUGAGCCACGGGGCCGAUCCCACCCUGCUCAACUGCCACAGCAAGAGCGCUGUGGACAUGGCCCCCACCCCGGAGCUCAAAGAACGGCUCACCUACGAGUUCAAAGGUCACUCACUACUGCAGGCAGCUCGGGAGGCAGACAUGGCCAAAGUGAAGAAGACGCUUGCUCUGGAGAUAAUCAGCUUCAAACAUCCUCAGACCAACGAGACAGCUUUGCACUGUGCCGUGGCUUCCCCUCACCCAAAGAGGAAGCAGGUGACAGAGUUGUUGUUGCGUAAAGGUGCCAACAUCAAUGAGAAGAACAAAGAUUUCAUGACUCCCUUGCACGUUGCUGCCGAGAGAGCCCACAACGACAUACUUGAGGUGCUGCAGAAACACGGAGCAAAGGUAAAUGCUGUGGACACACUCGGUCAGACGGCUCUUCACAGAGCUGCACUCGCUGGUCACAUCCAGACCUGUAAGCUGCUGCUGAGCUACGGUGCCGACCCCUCCAUCGUAUCUCUGCAGGGAUUUACCGCCGCUCAGAUGGGCAAUGAAGCCGUACAACAGAUUCUGAAUGAAAAUGUUCCCACACGUAAUUCUGAUGUGGACUACAGAUUUCUUGAGGCAGCCAAAGCAGGAGACCUGGACACAGUGCAGCAACUUUGCACCCCUCAGAACGUAAACUGCCGGGACUUGGAGGGCCGCCACUCCACUCCUCUUCACUUUGCUGCUGGUUACAAUCGAGUGGCCGUGGUUGAAUACCUGUUGCACCACGGGGCUGAUGUCCACGCCAAAGACAAGGGUGGCCUGGUCCCUCUCCACAAUGCAUGCUCCUAUGGUCACUAUGAAGUGGCUGAGCUGCUAGUCAGACAUGGAGCUUCAGUCAAUGUGGCCGACCUGUGGAAGUUCACCCCACUUCAUGAAGCUGCUGCCAAAGGCAAAUACGAGAUCUGCAAACUGCUGCUCAAACACGGAGCAGACCCUUCCAAGAAGAACCGUGACGGCAACAUGCCACUGGAUAUGGUGAAAGACGGAGACACCGAUAUCCAGGACCUGCUGCGAGGUGACGCCGCCCUGCUGGACGCUGCCAAGAAGGGCUGCCUUGCCCGAGUCCAGAAACUCUGCUCCCCUGAAAAUAUCAACUGCAGAGACACGCAGGGACGCAACUCCACGCCACUCCACCUUGCAGCUGGCUACAACAACCUUGAGGUGGCAGAGUAUCUGCUGGAGCAUGGGGCUGAUGUCAAUGCCCAGGACAAAGGCGGCCUGAUCCCUCUGCAUAAUGCUGCGUCUUACGGGCAUGUGGACAUUGCAGCCCUUUUGAUCAAGUACAAUACUUGUGUGAAUGCUACAGACAAAUGGGCAUUCACUCCUCUCCACGAGGCAGCACAGAAGGGUCGCACGCAGCUCUGUGCACUGCUGCUGGCUCAUGGAGCCGACCCCACCAUGAAGAACCAAGAGGGCCAGACGGCUCUUGACCUGGCCACGGCUGACGAUAUCCGGGCCUUGCUGAUGGACGCCAUGCCACCAGAUGCCCUGCCCAGCUGCUUUAAGCCCCAGGCCACGGUGGUCAGCGCCUCCGUCAUCUCCCCUGCCUCCACGCCAUCCUGUCUGUCGGCCGCCAGCAGCAUAGACAACCUGGCCGGGCCGCUCACCGAGCUGGCGGCUUCUGCGGCUGCCAGCUCCUCCGGCGUGGCAGAUGGAGCCACGGGCAGUGACCGCAAGGAAGGGGAAAUGACAAUGUUGGACAUGAACAUUAGUCAGUUCAUGAAGAGCCUGGGCCUGGAGCACCUGAGGGACAUCUUUGAGAGGGAGCAGAUCACCCUGGAUGUGUUGGCUGAUAUGGGUCACGAGGAGCUGAAGGAGAUCGGAAUUAACGCCUACGGCCACCGACACAAGCUCAUCAAGGGUGUUGAGAGGCUGCUGGGCGGCCAACAAGGUGGCAACCCAUACCUGACAUUCCACUGUGCCAACCAGGGCACCAUCCUGAUAGACCUCGCCCCCGAUGACAAGGAGUACCAGUCUGUGGAGGAGGAGAUGCAGAGCACCAUCCGAGAGCACAGAGACGGAGGCAACGCUGGCGGUGUGUUCAGCAGAUACAACAUCAUCAAGAUUCAGAAGGUGGUAAAUAAGAAGCUGAGGGAACGCUACACACACCGGCAGAAAGAGAUCGCCGACGAGAACCACAACCACCACAACGAGCGGAUGUUGUUUCACGGUUCUCCGUUCAUCAACGCCAUCAUCCACAAAGGCUUCGAUGAGCGCCAUGCCUACAUAGGAGGGAUGUUUGGAGCAGGGAUCUACUUUGCGGAGAAUUCCUCAAAGAGCAACCAGUACGUCUACGGCAUCGGUGGAGGCACGGGCUGCCCGACACACAAAGACCGCUCCUGUUACCUGUGCCACAGGCAAAUGCUGUUCUGCCGAGUGACCCUGGGGAAAUCCUUCCUGCAGUUCAGUGCCAUGAAGAUGGCCCACGCUCCUCCGGGACAUCACUCAGUCAUCGGGCGGCCCAGUGUUAACGGCUUAGCCUACGCUGAGUACGUCAUCUACAGAGGAGAGCAGGCCUUCCCAGAGUACCUCAUCACCUACCAGAUCCUUAAACCAGAGAGCGCUGCUCAGACGGCUGCAGGAGCCGAGCAGAAGUCGUAGUCACCCAACGUGUCUCACACUCACACACACACAGAAAAAGGACUUGAUGCCUGUUAUUUUCCUCCUUUGUAUUGCAAAUGCCUAUACAUCUUUUAUUUACCAAACACAUUUCCAGUCUCUUGUAGAAGCCAUGGUGACCAGUGUUUCAUGAGCAGAUAUGCUGUAUAAUAUUCUCCUACUCGUGGUGAUGACACUUUUUUUUUUGCCAUCAGCUGCAUGUUAUUACUACAGAAGCAUGUAAGGCCCAAAAGUGCGUGUGGGUUAGUUCCCUCCCCCUCCCCCUCCCCCACCAAUCUGAAGGAUGCUUGUCAAGACUUUGAAGUAUCAGCAUUAACAGUUUCUUCUUCACUCAUUGUUGUUUCAUGCCUUGUGACUGGAGAAUCAUCCUCUCACACACACACACACACUCUUGUUGCUACAGACUACUACUGCCCCACUGUAUCUGGGUUUAUCAUGUACAGUAUGGCCUCCAGUAACUGUGAUUUUUUUUUUUUAAUGCUAAACUAUAACACUACUAAACAGGUAAUGGUAUAUUGUUGCUGUGCUGAAAGGCUGACCUUUGCCCCAAGAACACUACAACACACUAAAGUGAAAUCUGGCAUGUUCUGCUGGUUUUAUUCAGGGUUGGACACGUUCAGUUAAGAAGGUGCUCGCUGUCAAAUCACAAGAGUUGAGAUCAUUUUAUUGCCAUAAUUGAUUCGUAUGAAAAAGGACAUGUGAUCAGUAGCUGCGGAUGCUGUUCAUUAAAGAUGUUACAUACGUCAGUACUUCAAGCCGUAGAGCUGUCGCCAUGGUCUUAUAGACAUCCAACGCGCAAGGAUUUGCACUUUUACAUAGAAAACCUAUUUAAGUUAUUUUGAAUUUAAAUUGCAAAUUUGCGGGAAAAAUAUUUGUACAGGUUGUGUAAAUGGAUGUGUAUAACUGUUGCUGUUAAACAGUGUCAUUGAGUUCAACUGUAAAUGACAUCUGAAUUUUUCUUUGUGUUCAUGCCCUUUGAUUCUCCCCAACUUUUUUUUUAAUAAAUGUCCCAUUAAUAGCUC